GGAAAAAAAAGAAAGGAAAGAAAAGAAAAGAAAAGAAAACACCAAAUACAAAAUCCAAAUACAAAAUCACAAUCAAAAAGGCAAGGAACAAAUUACAAAAUCAUAAUACAAAAUGAAGAUGUGAAAAAGAAAAGAAAAAGAAAGCACAUUGAAAAAAAAAAAGAAGAAGAAGAAGAAGAAGAAAAGAAAAGAAAAGAAAAGAAAAAGGAAAAAAAUUAG